CAUGACCGCACAUACUGAUCGCGGCUAAGGCUGACCUGACGCCUUUUUUCUUCGUCUCUUUUCAGACGCAUCAGUCGUUCAUAUUCCGACAAAGUCGCGUAGCACUGACAUACCGAACGAAAGAGAAAUUUCAGUUUCAUUCUCGAAAACCGUGAACAAGAACAAUAAAUUGUACAUUCGCUACAAAGGAAACUAUUGACGGGACUUUUUACAACAUGAUCAACUGAUUUGUACUUCAUCAUUUUGCAAUUGAAUCGUAUCAGCAUUCAGAAUGGGCACACGCGUAACGUGUGUAGAGAUUCUUCUCUUUGUUGUCACGAUUCUCGGAUUAUUUUCAAUCGGAAAUGCUGCAUCCGCGCAUAUACACUCCCAUCCACGUAAACCUAACAGCAAUGAAAGGAUAGAGGACGGAGCAUUCAGUCCACGGGGCAUGGAUCAUUAUGCAGGAGGAGAACAUCAUCAAGAAUUCGAUCAUGAGGCCAUUCUUGGAAGCGUAAAGGAGGCCGAAGAAUUUGAUAAACUACCGACACAAGAAUCUAAAAGACGCCUGGCAAUUUUAUUGGCAAAGAUGGACUUGAACAAUGACAAAUUCAUUGAAAGGAAUGAAUUAAAAGCUUGGAUUUUACGCUCCUUCAGUAUGCUUUCUGCCGAGGAAUCUGAAGAUCGAUUGGAGGAUGCAGAUACUGAUGAUGAUGGGAAAGUUAGUUGGAAUGAAAUUCUACAGGACACAUAUGGCGCAGAUCCUGAAGAUUUAGCAGCUGACGAUAAACUCAUUACCGAUGACAAACAGACAUUUCACGCUGCUGAUAUAAAUAAAGAUGGUUAUCUGGACUCAGAUGAAUUCAAAGCUUAUACUCAUCCAGAGGAAACGCCAAGGAUGUUUCCUCUUCUAUUGAGGCAAGCUUUGGAUGAUAAAGAUACGGACAAGGAUGGCUUUAUUAGCUUUCAAGAAUUCAUUGGGACUAGAGCUAGAGGAGAAGACAAAGAGUGGUUGUUAAUAGAAAAGGAUAAAUUUGACUAUGAACAUGAUAAGAACGGAGACGGAAGACUAGACUCGGAUGAAAUACUUUCUUGGCUUGUGCCGAGUAACGAAGAAAUUGCAAGCGACGAAGUCGAUCAUCUAUUCGCAGCAUCCGACGAUGACCACGAUAACAGACUGUCGUUCGACGAAAUUUUAGAACAUCAUGAUGCAUUCGUAGGCAGUGAGGCUACGGACUACGGAGACCACUUACAAGACAUCGAACGAUUUACGGAUGAACUUUGAGAAUCGUUCGCGAAAUGCGUUAGCAAAAUUUCUAUCUCUUUUCACAAUAACUACCAAAAACUUAUAUGGUUAAAAAUAUUUUUAAUACUUCUCGAUGCCAUAUUUUCAACUCUCAUAUGUUCGGUAUUCCUAUUUACGUUGCAUUUAGGAUAUAUUUAUACUAAGAUCGAUACGAGACCAUAUACAAUUGCACAAACUUAUUCAAGAUAUUUAAAUAAUAGCAUCUCACGUACCACAGUCUUCCAAUUUUUACAAAGUUCAGUGCCAUAAAGAACAACGGCAUCGUAUUGUACGAUUAAUUACUAUGUAUUACGUUUCUACGUAUUUAGGUUUCACAUUAUGGAUAAGAGUUACCAAGAUUUUAUUGUCAUUGUCAUUAUUUAUUGCGUAGGUAAUAGUUACCUACAUUCAUGCUUUAUUAUCAUUUUAUUAUGGAAUUGUAAAAAUAAAGUAAAUGGAAAUGAGUUAGGUACAUGUACUAGCUCCUUCUUGUUAGUUUACCAUUAUGUACACACAUGUAACUAGAUAUAAAAUCAGUUCUUUACAUUUAGUCUUGUUCAAGAAUUUCUCUUGAUAAAGACUAAAGGAUACAUAAGACAAUUACGUUUAAGUGUCCAAACAAUACUCUUACACGCAGUGUUCCCUACUUUCCAUAUUUAUGUGACGAACCAUGUGUAAUUUUUUUUUAAUAAAAGAUAUAUUACAUCAUGA